GGGACCGGCUGGGCGCAGUGCAAGGCGGAGUGCUCCGCGGACGACUUCGCCUCGGACGGCGAGGCGUGGUCGUGCAGAGAGCUCGGCUCCAGGACGCUGUGGCCGUCGCCCACCGGCGUCAGCCCCGUCCCUCGCGGCGGCAAGGUCGCCCCCUGGGUGGAGGAUCGCUGUUCGCGGGACGGCGUCGAG